AUGACCGCAGCCCGACAGCAGCUAGGCUCCACUUGGUAUCGAGGGAAAAAGAUCGCUUAUGGCGGCCUGCAAUGCCUCUGCGAACGGCGGCUCCCGCGUGAUGGCUACGUCUUGGCCCGCGUGACGCCAUACCAGUUCCCUGCAGGCAGACGGAGGCCGCACCACGCCUCGUCCCUCCCGAAGAGCGCCGACAUCGACAUGUCUUGCGUGCACAUGGCCAACCAUUUGAAAACAUAUGUCGGCCUCCCACUGCACUGGAAGAGCGACCCAGCCCAAUCAAGCCGUCACGCGUCCUGA